ACAUCUGUUUCCAAGCGCCUAAAAAGCUUUAUCAAUUCCUUAUUAUUGUCGUUGAUUUAUUCGUAUAGAAUGCCCCCAAAGAAGAAAAAGGGAAAAAAGGGUAAGAAGAAGAAGGAAAAAGCACCUCAAAAGACUUGGGAAGAGGCACUUUUGGAAUAUCAUAUUAGUUUGAUAGAAAAACGAAUUGAUGACACUAGAUACGAACUUCGAGGACUCGAAGAAAAGAAUGAUAGGAACAAACAGAAGAUUGAACGUUUGACUGAAGAAAGAGAUGAACACUCUAGGAAUUUACUUGCUGAAGCGAAAGUUUAUGAAAGAGAGCUUUCAGAACAGGAAAUUGUUACAGAAGAACAAGUCAUUGCAGUUAUGAAGGAUAAAUAUAAAAGUGAAGAAAAGGAGAAAGCAGAUAUAAAGAAUCUUAAGAGUGCGUAUGCUCGUAUUGAAACCGAAAUAAUUAAAGUUCAAAAAGAUGUUGACUACUGGACUGAGUAUAAGAAUAAAGGUCAGUCGGAUCAUAGUAAACAAAUAAUGCUAUUAGAACAAGAGAUUAAAGAUAUGGAAGAAUCGUUUGAUGAAAUGGAGCGUUACCUGCACGUCAGUCACGAGAGGGCAACGAGAGAUUUACAGCUAACUGUUCGAUCAGAGAUAGAAAAGCAGAAAGAAGUUGCUACAGAGAAAGCAAUGGCUAAAUUAGACAAGGACAGCCGUCUAGAAGUAAUUGAUAAUGAUUGGCUGAGAAAGGAAGUUGAUAUACAUAAACACGAUGCUGACAAUGCAGCCGUAGAAGUUGAAGAAUUAGAAAAGGAUAAUAUAAGAAUAAUGGAAGAACUCUUCCAAUGCCACAGAGAUGAUUUAAAAAUAUCUCAGAGGUUUUAUCUUACUCAAUUUGAAGAUGGUGAAAAUCUUGAUGAACGAAGUCUUUUAGAAAUCGAUUUACAAGAUUUAUCGAUCCAUGACGCUAAACGCGGUAGUCAGCAUGAAAUUAAACCAUGGACGGAAGAGAAUUUAACUCAAAAAAAUAUUACCCAAAAGCUUAAAAGACUGUUCACACCUGUGGAAGAUGAUAGAGAAAGCGAUUAUGAUGGAGAUAAUAAAGAUGGAGAGGAGAGCGACGAUGAAGAUCCUUUUGGCAAUUAUUUUCAAUUUGAUGACGAAGAUUUUGAUGAUUAUCUUCAACUCGGCCCAGUCGAAUUGAAAAUGCUACAAGUUGUUGGCUCAAAAAUGCCUAUUUAUAAACCGAAAACACCAUCCGCCGAUGAGAUAAAAUCUUUGGAUUACAAGCCAGAAAAUUGGCCUAUUUCAUCAACCAUGUUAAAGAAGGCUUUGACAGGUGGUGCUACCUAG